GGAAAGAAUACGUAAACCCACUAACAUUUCAGUGCGUUACAGGGCUUAGAGAGAGAGAGAGAUCAUAAUACCUACGAAACCCUAUUCUCUCUCUCUCUAGAAAUCGUCUCGCGCAGAGAAGAAUUGCAAGGGUUUCGCACCAUCAAAUUCAAAAAUGAACAAACUGGGUAGAGGGCACCGAGACAAAGUUCAGCAGUUCAUAACAAUAACUGGAUCGAGUGAAAAAGUUGCCAGUCAGGCCUUGAAAGCUAGCGAUUGGCAUCUUGAAGGAGCAUUGGAUAUAUUCUACAGCCAGCCCCAGGUUAAAUCAUAUGCUGAUACUAGACAUGUGGAGGAACUUUACAACAGAUAUAAAGAUCCAUAUGUUGACAUGAUUUUGGCUGAUGGCAUCACACUCCUUUGCAAUGAUCUUCAGGUGGAUCCCCAAGAUAUUGUUAUGCUAGUUCUUUCUUGGCACAUGAAGGCAGCCACUAUGUGUGAAUUUUCCAAGCAGGAGUUCAUUGGUGGUUUGCAAGCUCUUGGGAUAGAUUCGCUGGAGAAAUUCCGCGAUCGUAUGCAAUUUAUGCGUUCUGAGCUGAAAGAUGAGCAAAAAUUUCGUGAGAUCUACAACUUUGCUUUUGGCUGGGCAAAAGAGAAGGGUCAGAAGUCUUUGGCAUUGGAUACUGCAAUCGGGAUGUGGCAGUUGCUUUUUGCAGAAAAGCAGUGGCCAUUGGUUGAUCACUGGUGCCAGUUCUUGCAGGCCCGGCAUAACAAAGCAAUAUCUAGGGACACUUGGUCUCAACUACUGGAAUUUGCACGGAUGGUGGACCCUACACUAUCAAACUAUGAUGCAGAAGGUGCUUGGCCAUAUCUCAUUGACGAAUUUGUUGAAUACUUGAACGAGAAUGGCAUCAUUCAAAAAGGCCAGUUGAAUGACUGGAGCCAGAAAUGCUGAUGUUGUGGUGUAUGAUAUGAUGAAAUGUGUCCGAUUUAGUAUGAUUCUGAGUUGUUUUACCCCAUGAUUGAAUCUCUUUUUUGUUCAAACCAGAAAUAUGUUGAAAUACAAAAGAGGGACAAUACUGGGUGGUGUUUCUUUUUCAGUGAUGGGAUUAUUGAUUUUUGAUUAUAUGAAUUUUCUGAUGAAAUAAAUGCUAGGGUACAUGCUGCUCUGUUUGGUGCAGUUUAUGAGGUUAA